GCUACUUGUCGCCUGCCACCAGCCGCAGGUGUCCUUCCGUACAUUCGUCAACGUUUACUGAUCUUUGCCUCCAUAACUCAUCUUCUUUACCUCUACUAUUCCCCUUGACUUCCCUGUAUCCCUAAGCCGGUUAUUUUUUCAUUCGCGAAUUCAUUGGCCAAACAGGCCACAACGACAACAUGGCGCAGGAAGAGAAGAAGCCGACCGCCGCGGAGAAGGGCAAGGGCAAGGCAGAAGAUGUUUCCAUGUCCAAUGGAGAGAAAGAUGCACACGCAGAUACCAAAGACCCCAAGGAAGCGGAUGGAAAGACAGAUGCGCCCGCUGAAGAAGAGCUCAGCGAAGAGGAUCAACACCUCAAAAGCGAACUAGAGAUGCUGGUCGAACGAUUAAAAGAGAACGACACCAGUCUAUACAAGCCUGCGAUCGACGCCAUCAAGAAUUUCAUCAAAACCUCUACCUCGUCCAUGACCGCCGUACCCAAGCCUCUGAAGUUCCUUCGGCCACAUUACGAUGAACUUGCCGCCCUUUACGACAAGUGGUCUGCAGGAUCCGACCGUGACUCACUCGCGGACAUGCUUUCGGUCCUGGGCAUGACAUAUGGAGAUGAAGAGAAGCUAGAAACACUCAAAUAUAGGCUGUUGUCAAAAUCGGAUGAUUUGGGUUCGUGGGGUCACGAGUAUAUUCGCCAUUUGGCCCUUGAAAUUGGCCAGGAGUACCAAAACCGACUGAAUGAUGAGCGAGAAGUAGGGGACCUCACGGAGUUGGCUUUGGCCCUCGUACCAUACUUUUUGAAACACAACGCAGAAGCCGACGCCGUGGACCUGCUUAGCGAGCUUGAGAUGAUCGAAGAGAUUCCGCGGUUCCUAGACGAAAACACAUUUUCCAGAGUCUGCCUCUACAUGGUCAGCAUGGUCAAUCUUCUCACAUACCCCGACGAUGUUGCCUUUCUCAAAACCGCCCACGAAAUUUACGUCAAAUAUAACAAAUUGGCUCAGGCAAUGGUCCUGGCCAUCAGGUUAAAUGACGAGGAGCUCAUUCGGCAAGAUCUGGAUUCGACAGAUGACAUGGCGUUGAAGAAGCAACUGGCCUUCCUUAUCGCACGGCAAAGAAUAUACAUUGAAGUUCCCUCAGAAACAAAGGAUGAACAAGAAAUCGCUGAAUGCUUGGGCAACACACAACUACCGAAUCACUUCAAGACCUUGGCCAAGGAACUGAACAUUCUAGAGCCAAAGACACCGGAAGAUAUCUACAAAGCACAUCUUGAGACUGGACGGGGCAUCACUGCAGCUGCAGAUUCGGCGAAGCACAACAUGGCCACCGCUUUCCUCAACGGCUUCGUCAAUGCAGGUUUCGGUAAAGACAAACUCAUGCUGGUGGAGGAGAAUGAACAGCCUUGGGUAUGGAAGACCAGAGACGAUGGUAUGAUGAGCACUACUGCUUCGCUCGGUAUGCUCAUGCAGUGGGAUGUUGAGGGCAGCUUGGACGUCAUCGACCGAUUCCAGCAGUUGGAGGAAGAACCUAUCAAGGCCGGUGCACUUUUGGCCUAUGGUAUUGUUAAUUCUGGAGUUCGGAUGGAAGGCGAUCCAGUCAUGUCUUUGCUCACUGAUGACGAUGUUCUCCAAAACGGCAAGCCUUCUAUGAGACUCGCAGCUAUCAUGGGUCUCGGCCUGUCUUAUGCUGGAUCGAACCGAGAAGACCUCCUGGACUAUCUGCUCCCCAUUGUCGAGGACAGCACCCUUGACAUGCAGCUAUCUGCCAUGGCGGCCGUAUCGCUUGGUAUGGUGUUUGUGGGCUCGUCCAAUCACCAAGUUGCGGAGGCCAUUGCAACUCAAUUGAUGGACGAAGACCGUCAACGGCAGCUGAAGGACAAGUGGGCCAGAUUCAUGGCGCUGGGAUUAGCGCUCCUAUACUUUGGGAAGCAAGAAGAAGUCGAUGUCAUCCUAGACAUUCUGAAGGCAAUCGACCAUCCCAUGGCAAUGCCUACUGCAACACUCGCAUCUGUAUGCGCGUGGGCUGGUACUGGAGCUGUGCUUAAACUACAGGAGCUUCUGCAUGUCUGCAACGACCAUAUCGAGGAGAAAGAAGAGACGACAGGCGAGCAGCUGGUGCAAUCAUACGCUGUUCUCGGUCUGUCACUGAUAGCCAUGGGUGAGGAUGUUGGACAAGAUAUGGUUCUUCGACAAUUCGGUCACCUCAUGCACUACGGCGAGGCCAACAUCCGAAAAGCUGUGCCACUUGCAAUGGGUUUGAUUAGUCCCAGCAACCCGCAGAUGAAGAUCUACGAUACUUUGUCACGCUACAGCCACGACAAUGACAACGACGUCGCUAUCAAUGCCAUCUUCGCCAUGGGCUUGGUCGGGGCCGGUACCAACAAUGCUCGUCUUGCUCAACUACUGAGACAACUCGCAAACUACUAUCACCGGGACCAAAACUCACUGUGUAUGGUGCGGAUCGCCCAGGGUUUGGUACACAUGGGCAAGGGCACCAUGUCACUCAACCCAUUCCAUACCGAUCGUCAAGUGCUGUCCAGAGUCGCCGCAGCAGGUCUUCUGACGGUUCUCGUGUCUCUGAUCGAUUCGAAGCAGUUCAUUCUCGCCGAUGCCCAUUAUUUGCUGUACUUCCUCGUCACCGCGAUGUAUCCUAGAUUCCUGAUCACCCUGGACGAAGACCUCAAGCCGAUGACUGUCAAUGUCCGCGUCGGUCAAGCCGUGGAUGUUGUAGGUGCUGCUGGUCGACCAAGAACCAUUACUGGCUGGCAGACACAGAGCACACCGGUUCUCCUAGCGCACGGCGAACGAGCCGAACUUGAAGAUGAGGAGUACUUAUGCCUAAGUAGCACUCUAGAAGGUCUCGUCAUCUUGCGAAAGAAUCCGGAAUGGGAAAGCACCAAAUAAACAGCAUCAAAGGUUCAAGAGUUUGCGAUUCGAUUGGCAUUUGCACUGUCCCCGGACAGGCUGUAUUGUAUCAUAAGUACCAGGUUAAUCUAGACUUGCACUGGACAGGGUCGCCAGUAAGAUGCUCAGGGUGGUGGGUUGCACCCUAACAGAAAUUCUGAAUGAGGAUCCGUAACAGGAAUUGAACUGAACAAAUACCUCUUCUAUACUCCGUAAUCGUCUUCUGCAGGUGAAUAUGGCUCUCGAGGGUCAGUGCUUCUACUAUGGUUGGAACGGGUGGCUGGAUUCGAUGGUGUUGGAGUCUGGAGUAAUACGAGCAACUGCUCCACCUGUGAAAUGGCAUCAUUGUAUUUGCUCCGC